GAGAUGGUUCACUGGACUUUAUAUAGGCUUUCUUCUGAGCUUGAAGAGGCUCUUCUGGUGCUGAUUUAUGGUGAUAUGUGUACCGAAUUCGACAGACUCUUUUGUCAUAUCAUCUGUGCGUGCUCCUAUGGCCUCACUAAAACUGUAGCUCGCUGCUGCUGCAACUAUGACGCCUGUUAGAGAGCCCCUCACAAACUUGGACAUCGCGGUAGAUCAACAAGAUGAUUAGGUAGCGUUCAGAGAUUUAGAAUGAGUCUAUUGAAAUCAGUUAUCGAGUACCAGUUAUUAAUUUAAACUGCCGUUCAUAUCAGCUGUUCAGGAGAACAGGGUAGGUUCUCUAAGAAGCCAUAUUAGGUAGGAGCGUCAAUAGGAUAUACUAUUAUGUAGGAAAUAAGCAGAAUUUGUCGUUAUCUCUCCCUCUUUACAACAAUCAUGGCAGCACUCAACAAUAGUAUGGUAAAUGAAGAUGGUACGAAACCAGUUGAAUUCCCAGAGGAAAAGAUUACGCUGAGCUAUGACGAUGUGCAGCUCAGGCUGAGCAUUUCAUCAGCCGGGAAGGUAUACGAUGCACGCGGUAGCUUAUUCUUGAGUAAUAAGAGAAUCGUAUUUCUCUCACCAGAGCAUGAAUCGAUGAGGAGUCUGUCUGUACUGCUUGAAUAUGUCGUAGACGGCGUACUGGCUCAGCCAUUAUUAGGUGCAAACAGAUGGGAGGCUAGUAUACUUCCUAGUCGCGAACCACAAACGAACGAGGAGCCAAAUAUACUGGCGAAUGGCGCAGACUUGAAAGCUUGGUUCAAUAAUGGCUCUACAUUUGAAUUCUAUCAGGGUGUCGAAGAGAUGAGGGAACGCCAGGGGAAUUAUAAUAAUGCACCACAAUACGAGCCUCUCCCACAAUACGAAUCACAACAAGCUUCAAACGCACCAAGUCCAUCCUACGAGGCAGAGUCUGCGUCGAUGGAUGCCGCUAUCACCUCUGCACAGGCUGACGAAGAGCAGUCGAGACAGCUCCAAUCGGAGAACCCACCACCAUAUUCAUAACUGCGACGAAAACUAAGUAUAUCAUUAUGUAUUAUCAUUUACUUUAUUACGUUC